GAGUUGAUGCCUUUGAAUUGUGGUGUUGGCGAAGAAUAGUGAAUAUACCACGGACUGCCAAAAGAAAGAACAAAUCUGUCUUGGAAGAAGUACAACCAGAAUGCUGCUUAAAAGCAAGGAUGGCGAGACUGCGUCUUACAUACUUUGGACAUGUUGUCAGGAGGGAUCAGUCAGUCCCUGGAGAAGGACAUCAUGCUUGGCAGAGUACAGGGUCAGCGGAAAAGAGGAAGACCUCACGGAGGUGAAUUGACACAGUGGCUGCACCAGUGAGCUCAAGCAUAACAACGAUUGUAAGGAUGGCGCAGGACCGGGCAGUGUUUCGUUCUGUUGUGCACAGGGUCGCCAUGAGUCGGAACUGAUUUGACGGCACCUAACAACAACAACAACAGUACUCCAUUGUUUUAUGUACCAGUUUGUUUAUCUAUUCAUCUGUUGAUGGGCAUCUAGGUUGUUUCCAUCUUUUUGCUAUUGUGAACAAUGCUGCAGUGAACAUGGGUGUGCAUAUGUCUAUUCGUGUGACGGCCCUUAUUUUGCUAGGAUGUAUUUUUUUUUAUUCCUAGGAGUGGGAUUGCUGGAUCAUAUGGUAGUUUUAUAUCUAGCUUUCUAAGGAAGCGCCAUAUCGUUUUCCAAAAUAGUUGUAUCCUUUUGCAUUCCCACCAGCAGUGCAUAAGAGUUCUGAUCUCUCCACAGCCUUUCCAACAUUUGUUAUUUUCUGUUUUUUGAUUCAUGCCAGUAAUGCAGGAGUGAGAUGGUAUCUCAUUGUGGUUUUGAUUUGCAUUUCUCUGAUGGCUUGUGAUCGCGAGCAUUUCCUCAUGUGUGCGUUAGCUGCUUGAAUGUCUUCUUUGGUGAAGUGUCUGUUUAUAUCUUUGCCCAUUUUUUAAUUGGAUUAUUUGUCUUUUUGUUGUAGAGGUGUUGGAUUUUUCUGUAGAUUUUAGAGAGAACUGUCAACCUUUAGGUUAGUAGCCAAGGGCAAACCGUUUGUAUCAUCCAGGGACCUCGGUAAUCACACCAACCCACCCAGUGCCGUGGAGUCGAUUCCGACUACUAGCGACCCUAUAGCACAGGGGUCCUUCAAAUGGAAGAGGGAGGCAGAAAGAGAGAGAGUGAUGUAAUAUGAGAAGGGCUGGACCCCCAUUGCUUUGAAGAGGGAGGAAGGGGGGCUAUGAAUCAAAGCAAGUGGGCUGCCUCUAGAAGCUGGACUGGACAAGGCAAUAGGUUCACCUGAGAGCCUCAGGAAACCCUGGUGGCGUAGUGGUUAAGAGCUACAGCUGUUAAACAAAAGGUCAGCAGUUUGAAUCCACCAGGUGCUCCUUGGAAACUCUGUGGGGGCAGUUCUACUCUGUCCUAUAGGGUCGCUAUUAGUCGGAAUUGACUCGACAGCAAAGGGUUUCCAAAGCCUCAAAAAAGGAAUGCAGCCCUGCCAACACCUUGAUCUCAGCCUGGUAAGACCUGUGCAGCACUUCUCACCUACAGAACUGUAAGGUAAUAAAUUUGCAUUGCUUUAAGCCACAAAAUUUGUGGUAAUUCCUUAAGGUCGCAGUAGAAAACAAAUACACAGACUGAAGAAGAGAAAUCAUAUAAUCAUCUCAGUUGGUGAAGAAAAAGCCUUUGACAAAAUUCAACAUCCAAGGAAGCUUAGUGGGCAGUGAGUCUAUGUUAAUGGGGGAGGAACAACUCGGAAAAGGAGGGUGAGAACCGUUGUACAACUUGAAGGAUGUAAUUGAUGUCACUGAACUGUACAUGUAGAAAUUGCUGAAUUGCACGUAAAAAGACCAAAGUUAACGGCCUGACAGAGACCGGAGGAACCCCCGAAACUAUGUUCCCCGGACACUGUUAACCCAGAACUGAAACCAUUCCUGAAGCCCACCCUUCAGGCAAAGAUUAGACAGGCCUAUCACAUGUGAGGAACGUGCUUCUUAGUUCCAGCAGAUACAAGAGACCAAACGAGCAGCUCCCAUCCAGACGCAGGAUGAGAAGGCAGGAAGGGACAGGCACUGGUGGAAUGGACACAGGGAACCCAGGAUGGAAAGGGGGAGUGUGCGGUCACAUUGUGGGGAUUGCAACCCAUGUCACAUAACGAUAUCUGUAUGCAUUUUUGUAUGAGAAACAAACUUAGCUGUAAACUUUCACCUAAAGCAUGAUAAGAAAAAAAAAGGAAGGAAAAAAAUUGCUGAACUGGUGCAUGUUCUGCUGUGUAUUCUCAACACAAAUGAAAAAAUAAAAUAAAAUUUUUUUAAAAGGAAAAAAAAAAUCCACAUCCACUCAUAAUAAGAACUCUCAGCAAACUCGGGUUAGCGGGGUACUACCUCACCUUGGAGCCCCUGGGUGGUGCAAAGAGUGAAUGUGCUCAGGUGCCGACCGAAAGCUUGGAGAUGCAAGUCCACCCAGAGGCCCCUCGGAAGAAAGGCCUGGCAACCUGCUUGCAAAAAAUCAGCCAUUGAAAACCCAGCGGAGCACAGUUCUACUCUGACACACAUGGAGUCACCAUGAGUUGGCAUCAACCUGAUGGCAGCUGGUUUUUUAGGUGUUUUGUCCUCCUUUCUGUCCACGUCCCCUCUCUGCUCUGGCACUGUGCUCCAUCUAUCUUCCUUCCAAACUUUUGCUGACGCAGUCUCUCCACCUGGAGCACCCUCCCUCCAGGCUCCCAGCGCUCACUCCUCCACUCCAUUCCUCCAGUAGGGAGCUCCCCAGGAGAGCAGGGAAGCCAGAAUUUCCCAGGAUCCCUGCCCUGCCUGGGCCCAGCCCCUGUUCAGCUCCCGCCCAGCCCUGGCAGGGGAGGGAACCUAGAGGUUGACAGGCUGACAGAGCAGAGGAAAUUCCCCUGGAACCUGUUUCUCAGCUUCCUGACCCAGCUGGGGUGCCCGCUGGAGGAACAGGCCCUGCACAAAAACCCAGCAGGCUGGCCAUGGCCUCGGCCCUGAGCCCAUCCCGGGCCACCAAGCCCAAGGGCGCCCUGCCUUCACACUACCACGAGAACUUUCUGGAGAAGAAGGGGCCCCAAGACCGGGAUUACAGGAAGUUCUGGGCAGGCCUCCAGGGUCUAACACUUUAUUUCUACAAUAGCAAUCGGGAUUUCCAGCAUGUGGACAAGGUAGACCUGGAAGGAUUUGUGAAGCUCACAGAUGAGGCUCCCCUGAGAAACGUGCAUGACCCUGGAAUCCACUUCAGCUUGGUCCUCUGGAACCAGGAGAUCAAGUUCAGGGUGGACAGCCUGGAGUCUAGGGAGAUGUGGAAAGGCUUCAUCCUGACCGUGGUGGAGCUCCGUGUGCCUACCAACCUGAUCUUGCUGCCUGGACACCUGUACAUGAUGGCCGAGGCCCGGGACAGAGAGGAGGCGCGCCGUGCACUAGUGAAGCCAUCGUGCUACCUGAAUGUGAGCCGUCUGGAGGCGCAGCUACUCCUCGAGCGCUACCCGGAGUGCGGGAACCUGUUGCUGCGGCCCAGCGGGGGCGGCGCGGGCGGCGUGUCGGUCACUACACGCCAGACGCUCAACAGCUUGCCGGUGAUCCGGCACUACAAGGUGAAGCACGAGGGGUCCACGUACGUGAUCGACGUGGAGGAGCCGUUCUCCUGCGCCUCACUGGACGCCGUCGUCAACUAUUUCGUGUUGCACACCAAUAAGGCGCUGGUGCCCUUCCUGCUGGACGAGGACUACGAGAAGGUGCUAGGCUACGUGGAGGCGGAUAACGAGAAUGGCGAGUGUGUGUGGCUGGUGCCCUCGGCCCCCAAGGCCCCCGGCCCAGGUCCUGCGCCCCCUGCAGGCAGCCCCAAGCAGCCACCUCCUGCAUCCACACCUGUGUCCACUCAGGACAAGCCACCUCCCCUGCCCCUGCUGCCUCCGCCACCUGACCAGGGGGAGGACUAUGUGAUCCCCAUUGGAGAUGCCCCAGCUGCCGACUAUGUGAAUGACGAAGUGCCACCACCUAGUCGGCAGGCUGCCCUGAAGCUCAAGAAGCUGCCAAAGGCUCAAGCAAAAACCCCAAAGCCACCCAUUGUGCCCAAGCCAGAACACAAAGUCCGCAACAGCGGCCUGCUGGCCAGGAAGCUGGCAGCCAACACAGCCCAGCCAUUCUUCCCUACAACAGGGCUGGCUGAGGUGACCGCAGAGCUGGAAGAGAAACUGCAGAAGAGGCGGGCGCUGGAGAACUGAGGUUGGACACACAGGGGGACCAGCAGGCCAACCUCAGGCACAGCACCUCCCAGGAUUAAAGCCCGUGACCCCAGGGCCCAUGUGUUUGGCUUGGCUUGGCUUCAGGAGAGAGUCCGUGCGUUGGCCACUUCCUGUCCCCACUUCCUCCCAGUGAUCGUCAGCUCUGUGAAACCCUGACCCUGCAGAAAAAGCCCAUUUCAUAGGCAGGAAAGUUGAGGUCUGGUGCAGCACCACCCAGCCCCAAAUAACCAGCCCCACAGCCU